AUGUCGGGCAUGCGCGGCCGCCAGGCCGUGGCCCUUACUGUUGGCCUUUUCUUGAUCUACUUCCUCUUCUUCUCAGGCUCUAGUACGACCACAGACUUCCGCAAAACCACCGAAUCCUCAUUAUCGCGUCGUCGUGGCAUCUUGAGAGGCGCCCUUUCCGACAAAGAGUUGACUGCGCAAACGAAUCGCGAGUUGCAGAUGAUUCUGGACAGGCAGAAGGAACAACGCGAGGAGGACCAAAGGAUCUUUGACGCGUCGCCCGUCCAAGGCAAUCACCCGUAUACUUCGACCAUCAGUUUCGACGACGACGACGAUGUCAGUAUCGGUGGCAGGAAGACCAUGCCGAAGGAGAAGCCGAAAUACCCCGUCGACACCGCCAAAGCUGCCGAUGCCACGGAUGUCGCGGCUGAUGGAAAGGGUGAGGAAACCGCAUACAACGGCAACAAAGUCGAGAAAGCAAAGGACGACGGAGAGGAUAUGGCGCGCGAAGAGCUGCAAAGCAUUCUGAAGAAAAGCCCGAUUAUCAUCUUCUCCAAAUCCUACUGUCCCUAUUCAAAGCGGGCCAAAGCCCUUCUUUUAGAAACUUACAGUAUCUCGCCAGCUCCUUACGUGGUGGAACUCGAUCUGAUGACCACUCCCGUUCCCAAACCUCACGUUGCUGAGGAAGACGACGAUGCGCCAGCUCCCACACUAGGCCGCAAGCUACAAGACCUCCUGGCCACCCUGACCGGCCGACGGACCGUGCCAAAUAUCAUGAUCAAUGCGCAGAGUCUAGGCGGGAGCGACGAUAUUGCUAAAAUGCACAUGGAGGGGACACUGGAGGAAGAGAUCAGAAAGAUGGGCGGAAAGAGGAUCGUCAGCGUCGAAAAGAAGCAUGAUUGA